ACACUUCCGGUUGGUGCUUGAGAGACUAUUUUUUGUUCGGGGGCAGUUGGCGGGAAUACGUGAAAGGAGUGAAAAUGUCGUCAACAUCACAAAAGCACAGAGACUUUGUCGCAGAGCCAAUGGGAGAAAAGUCAGUCCAGUGUCUGGCGGGUAUUGGCGAAGCAUUGGGGCACAGGCUUGAGGAAAAAGGCUUUGAUAAGGCUUAUGUCGUGUUGGGCCAGUUUCUUGUUUUGAAGAAGGAUGAAGAGCUUUUCAAGGAGUGGCUGAAGGAUAUCUGUUCAGCCAAUGCCAAGCAGUCUAGAGACUGCUAUGGCUGCCUGAAAGAAUGGUGUGAUGCCUUUUUGUAAUGUAGCUAUUUUUUUUUUAUGCCUUUCCAAACCCAGCUCUAAAGAGAACCACCAAGUCACAGCUAAAGCCACAGAAGUUUGCCAGAUGCAUCGUUAUCAACUUCCAUUGGACUAGGAAAGAAAUCUGUGGGAAUAUGAACAAUUUUAGGAAUAACAAAACCGAGAAUCCACAAUUAAUGACCAUUUCAAAUUAAAUAAUCCACAUAGUAAUCCCUCAAGAUGAUUAAAAUUGAUACUUCCACAUGUGUGGUAGCCACAGCCAUAACAUUCGCUAUUGUGUAUGUUUAGUUUUAUGGGAAUUUCAGUGGCAUGUUUUAUUUAUUUUAAAUAUGCUAAAAUGCAACAUGUUGCAACUGUUUUUAUCUUCAUCCUAUGUUAAGGGUCACGUAAAGCAUUUUCUUGGGAAAAUGUCAUCAAUAUUGUGUCCCUUCAUAUUCUGCAUUUUUAUAUCCAUUUGUCUGAAUUAAUAGCGCAAUAUGGUGCAUAUAUUGGAGUGAGUUAAAGUUUGUGCUAUGCAUAUAAUUAUUGCAAAUUAAAGAACCCAAAUGAGAA